GUCCACCACCACCACCCAGCUUGCUCGUCUGUGUCGCCGUCGCUAGUCAUGCCGACGGUAAAUAUCGUGGAGGUCGGCCGCGUGGUGGUGCCACAACCGGAGGACUUGGUAGUCAGGCUAUCCGCGCUGGACGCGCCGUGGGUGGCCAACCCGCUAAUCCAGCGCGUGCUCCUCUUCGUCGAUGACGCCGGCGGCCAGCAGCACCCGCCCUUCGAGUCGCUCGUGGCCUCCCUCCGUGCAUCCCUCGCGGCCACGCUCGCGCGGCUCCCCCCGCUCGCCGGGAGGGUCGUCUUCCUACGGUCCACCGGCGAUGCCGCCAUCGACUGCUCCGGCCCCGAGGGAGGCGGCGGCGUGCGGUUCGUGGUCGCGGAGAGCGACGAUGCGGACGCACGGCGGCUAGCGGGGGACGCGGACCACGACGUGGGCGCGUUCGAGGCGCUCGUCCCGGAGCUCAAGGUGGACGCGCUCCCCGCGGAGGUUCUGGCCGUGCAGGUCACGCGGCUCAAGGGCGGGGUGGCGGUCGGCGUGGCACUGCACCACGCCGUGGUCGACGGCCGGUCGGUGUGGAUGUUCCUGCAGGCGUGGGCCGCGUCCUGCCGCAGCGAUGAUGCUGCCGCUGUGGCUACCGUGACGUUUGACCGCGCGGUGGUCGCCAUCCCCGGUGGCGAGGAGCUCGCGAGAAGCACGCUGCGGAAGUACGCGCCCAAUCUGCCGCUGGCAGCCAACCUGUUCCCUAGAGCCCCAAUUAAACUCCCUCGCCGGACGUUCACCGUCACUGCGAAGCACAUUCACCAACUGAAGCAAUGCAUGUCCGGUCAAACGACCUCCGGGAAGCCUGCCACCGCGCCCAUGUCAUCCAGCUUUGUGGCUAUCGCGGCGCUCGCCUGGGCGUCCUUCGUCCGGUCCAAGCACCCGGCCGCCAUCGCCGCCUGGCACGACGUCUACGUCUUCUUCUUCAUCGACUGUCGCGGGCGGCCUGGCAUUGACCCGCCCGUGAGUGAGAACUACUUCGGGACGUGCAUCACCGGGUGCCUCGUCAAAGCCAUGGCACGUGACCUCCUCGCGGUUGACGGUGUCGCAGCCGCGGCGGCGGCGAUUCAGCGGGAGGUUCGACGAGCAGCCGAGGACCCGCUCGGCCUUUGGGACUGGAUGGACAUUGUUUCAUGGGUGCCACUCGACAGGUUGGUGGGCAUCAACGGGUCCACACGGUUCAAGGCAUACGAGGUGGCCGACUUCGGUUGGGGCGCGCCGAGCAGGACAGAGCUGGUCACAAUGACCGACGGGCGGGUGGUGUUGGUCGCUACCAAGAGCGGCGGAGUGCAGGUGUCCGUGUGUAUGCAUCCGGAUCAUAGCACAGCAUUCAACUCGCACUUUAUUGAUUCUCUAUGUUGAUUCAUUUGUACUUCCUCCAUCCGAAAAAACUUAUCCUGAGGGACAAGUUUUUUCGGACGGAGGGAGUAUGCAGUAUCGUCAGCGGCAGCUCGGCACGACGGUACUAAAUGUCUAUGUCUAUGUCCAUGUGCUUUACUAGUUUAGUCGGGCAUUCUAUCUAUCUAUCUACCUGCUAUUUAUAGUCAUUUAAAUUCUUAUUCGAAUACCCGGUAUGUAAUUCGAAAAUCAUCAUGAUUAAUGGCUCUAUGUGCUUUACUAGUUUAGU